CAAGAGACAUUAUCAAAAUAUGAAAUAUGGCGGAUAAACACAGCUUCUCUGUGAGAGAGAAGCAGAGAAAAGCGGCGAAUUUUAAGGCUCUAUGCCACACAGAAAAAGGAAGAAGUGAUAUACGAGGGUUUUUAGAUGACAUCCUUUGUUUAAAACAUUCAUUUGAUGCAGAAAGUCAAGAUUGGUGUUUGUGGUUAAUCGCCGGUGGAAGGCCUCCAGAGGAAUUUAAAAAUGUCUUGAGGUCAUUUGACUCGCCGACGAUCUGUGGUCUGGUGUGGAAUAGAAACUUUGUAGCAUACCGAUGUAGAGAUUGUGGAAUCUCGCCCUGUAUGUCAUUAUGUGCGGACUGUUUUCACGCUGGUAAUCACGACGGCCAUGAUUUCAACAUGUUUAAAAGUCAGGCUGGUGGAGCUUGUGACUGUGGAGACGAAGAUGUUAUGAAAUCAGAUGGGUUUUGUAGUCGUCAUGGAAGAAAGGACACACAUGUUACCAGAACUCCCCCUUCAGAAUUGUUAGAAAUGGCCAAAUUUGUUGUUCCAAGGUUAUGUCUAAGACUACAACAGCAGUUGAAAGAACUAGAGCCAUAUACAUUAGAUACAGUAACCGAUGACAUGAAUGAUGCCGAAGGCCUCCUUCAUUUUCUAGUUCAGUUGUGCGACACUAAUACCAUGAAAAAUGUCACUGCUGAAUCCUUGAUCAUGAAAACCGUAGAUGUAGAAAGAAUAUUUAUGAAGGACUCAGGAGUAUCAUCAACUAUGUCUAGGUCACACCAUGGGACUGGGCACUCUUCGGUUCACAGGAUGGAUAGUUCAGACUCAUUUUCAAGUGUCUUGUCAUCUGAUAGUGCAGACGAUGUUACAAACAAAACAUUUUUGGACUUUUUAAUGGAUUUUGUGACACAAUUUGAAUUCCCGCAGAAAGUAGUGACGUUUCUUCUUCAUUUUUUACCUUCUGCUAAAUAUAAGGAAGCAUUCACAAGAGUAUUCUGUGAAAAUUAUCAGAAGAUUGCCAAAGCACUAGUGCUGAACAGUGAUUCUAGUGACAGUGUGGACCAGUUGUCAAACCGUGUAGUACAUGUCAGUGUACAGUUGUUUAGCAACAAAAUCCUGGCAGAGAAAGUUGUACGGGAGCAGAAUCUUCUUCAUGUAAUGGUCAAGGUUUUACAUGACAUGGCAAGACCUGCUCUUGUGACUUUUAGAAGAGGAGGUACACAUACUGCUUUUUUUAGAUGUUUUAAACUAUGUGCAGGGUAAAAAAAAGGGGUCUUGUUGAACUUGGUGGCAAAAAAGUUCAGUGGCAGAAACAAGGCAGUUUAAAGCAUGUUUAACCCUUGACACCCUAACAUCAAUAUGCAUAUUCUCCAUACUUUUCUCUACACAUCUCCUAAGUUGCUGCCAAGGAGAAUUUGUUCUACAAUCCAGAGGUUCCUGAGUUGGUGGACAGAGCUGAAUAAUGAAAUGC